AUGUUGAGCGACGUUUCUUUCAUCAAAACACCCGCUGGCAAGCCUCAGCCUCCCAGUUCUAGCGAAUCCGGAGUUAAGACUAGUGCCUCACCAACGAUUAACAAUGCACCAUUACCAGCCGACGGGCCAGGAUCAACAUCGUUUUCAAACACCAUCUUGUUCUCGAUCUUGACCUUGGUACCCGCAUACGUCUCGUACAAAUUGGGCCUCGGGUUCAAAACAUGGGUAUUCUUCUUUAUCGUGUUGGCUAUUCCCAUCUUGAUGGCCUACUGGUCAAUCAUGUCGACUUUUUCACCAAGAAUUAAUGAAAAAGUAAAGUAUCCAAACAGACCCAUCUCGUACUACUUGGAAUACCAUACCCCCGAGUUGAAAGCCAAGUACCAAGAUUCAAACAAUGGACAAGGUAAAAAAAUACCCAUUGAAACUUUCCAGGAACUAUACUUUGACGGCAAAGUCUCAUUCAAGGGCGACUGUUUAGACGUUAUGGAAUACAAACACGACUGGGCCAACUUUAGAUUCACUUUGGGCUUGUUUAGAUUCUUUUUGUUUGGUAUGAUCCCCGAAGUUAUCUUCCACUCCCAAUCACAAGACGAGGAACAAGUUAGAGACCACUACGACAGAGGCGAUGAUUUUUACACUUGGUUCUUGGGCCCAAGAAUGAUUUACACUUCAGGUGUCAUUAGCGACAAUACUAGAGAAGAAUCAUUGGAAGAAUUGCAAGACAACAAAUUGAAGGUUAUGGCAGAAAAAAUUGACUUGAACGAGGGCGAAUACGUCUUGGACAUUGGUUGUGGAUGGGGUACAUGGGCUACCUAUGCCUCCUCGCAAUACGGCGCAAAAGUCACCGGUAUCACUUUGGGUAGAAACCAAACCAAAUGGGGUAACACCUUGUUGAAGGAAUACGGCGUCUCACCAGAACAAUCCAAGAUUGUAUGCUGCGACUACCGUGAUGCACCACCUUCAGGUAAGGCCAAUGGCAAAUACGACAAGAUCACUUCUGUUGAAAUGGCCGAGCACGUUGGUAUCAGAAGAUUAACUGCUUACUUGGAACAAUGCAGAGAUGCAUUGGAAGACGAUGGAUUGUUCUUUUUGCAAUACUCGGGUUUGAGAAAAAACUGGCAAUACGAGGACCUCGAAUGGGGUUUGUUUAUGAACAAGUACAUCUUCCCAGGUGCAGAUGCAUCCACUCCAUUGAGCUUUGUUGCCAGCUGUAUGGAAUCUGUCGGUUUUGAGAUUGUUAGUGUUGACAAUAUCGGUGUGCACUACUCUGCCACUAUUUGGAGAUGGUACAGAAACUGGAUAGGUAACAAGGACAAGGUUGUUAACAAGUAUGGUGUCAAAUGGUACAGAAUAUGGGAAUUCUUUUUGUCAAGUUCCGUUGUUGCCUCAAGAAACGGUACUGCCACCUGUUAUCAGUUUGUCUUGCGUAAGAACAUCAACUCAUACAGAAGAGUGGAAUACGUUCCACAACAACAAGGUCUUCAAGGUGCUAUAAAGGGUAAUGGAACCCACACCAGCAAAUGGGCCAAGGAGUUUAACAACUACUACGAAUAG